GAAGACGCCCGUGCUCCCUAGCGCAGGAGGUCCUAAGGCCGGGAAUCGCUGGCCUUGCCUCUCAGGACCCGGGCUGACCCGAGGGAGGGAGAAGCCCUCAUCGCCAGGCGGGGGACCCAUCAGCGCGCCGGCUCAGGGACAAAAUACUGAUGCUUCAGACUCGGCCAGGCCGUGCGUCCGAGCUUCCCCACAGCCGCCGCACUUCCCUGCUGCCUUUGGGAUGCGGCCUCCAGCCCCGCCUCGCCACCGGCCGUCAACUGUGAAUCAUCCCGCCCAUUUCGACAUCUUCCUCCCCCGCCUUCGGCUCUUGGCCUGGCGCAGAGCCCAGUGACAGCCGGGGCCCGGGGAACCUCAUUCAUUCAACACUUGUUGGGUUUACUGUGCGAAUGUGGAUGCGAGGCUCAGUGCCGGGCGCUGGGGCCUGAGGAGCACCGGGUCCGGCCAGAGGGCCCAAUACUCCAGACCCGACCAGAGUCUAGCGGGCCGCCGCGGUCCCCCCCGGAGGUGAGGCGGUUCCCAGCCCGCAUGUCGCAACGGCUUCCCGGACAGGCUGCGGGUCGCGCCAGCCAGGGGAUGACCGGCCCAGGCCGGCCCCGCCUCACGCCCGCGACGAGAUCCCGCGGGAACACGGCUCUCCGGGGCCAGGGCCGCCUGCUCUCCAGCCACGCGUCUCAGAAUUUGAGGAGCGCACUGGAGCGCGGGUCGUAACGGCGCCCGUCAGCAGUUUGACGUUGAAGGCCUGUCGCCGCCCCGCCCCCGACGCGAUCCCGCGCACAGGGACCGCAGCUCUGCAGGCGCUAGUGAGGGGCCCGAAGUCGGCCCCUAGAGUCCCUGGGCGCGUCGCUCUUUCUGUAGCCAAUCGGGGACCGACGUGGUGCGGGCCAAUGGCCGCGGUCAAAGUAUCAAGAGUGGUUGAGCCUAUCAAAGUUCAGCCUUAAGUUUCUCCCGCCCUUCUAAAAGUCAGAGGCGGGUUGAUCGCACAUGUCGGCCAAUCAGUGACCAAUAAACAAGAAGCUUCUAAGAUCAAAGGGGAAAAGGUGGGAUGUAGGCGCUAGCAACGCCUCAGGGCGGAGGAAUGACAGGCGACUUCGCUAAUACUACCGGCUGAUUUUUCACCCGGAUGCAGAGUCUACAGCCUGACCCAGCUGCCCGCUAUCGCAAUGUGUUGGAGGCCCUCUGGAGGAUUAUAAGAACGGAGGGCCUAUGGAGGCCCAUGAGGGGGCUGAACGUCACAGCAACAGGCGCAGGGCCUGCCCACGCCCUUUAUUUUGCCUGCUACGAAAAGUUAAAAAAGACAUUGAGUGAUGUAAUCCACCCUGGGGGCAAUAGCCAUAUUGCCAAUGGUGCGGCCGGGUGUGUGGCAACAUUACUUCAUGAUGCAGCCAUGAACCCUGCGGAAGUGGUCAAGCAGAGGAUGCAGAUGUACAACUCACCAUACCACCGGGUGACAGACUGUGUACGGGCAGUGUGGCAAAAUGAAGGGGCCGGGGCCUUUUACCGCAGCUACACCACCCAGCUGACCAUGAACGUUCCUUUCCAAGCCAUUCACUUCAUGACCUAUGAAUUCCUGCAGGAGCACUUUAACCCCCAGAGACGGUACAACCCAAGCUCCCACGUCCUCUCUGGAGCUUGCGCAGGAGCUGUAGCUGCCGCAGCCACAACCCCACUGGACGUUUGCAAAACACUGCUCAACACCCAGGAGUCCUUGGCUUUGAACUCACACAUUACAGGACAUAUCACAGGCAUGGCUAGUGCCUUCAGGACGGUAUAUCAAGUAGGUGGGGUGACCGCCUACUUCCGAGGGGUGCAGGCUAGAGUAAUUUACCAGAUCCCCUCCACAGCCAUCGCAUGGUCUGUGUAUGAGUUCUUCAAAUACCUAAUCACUAAAAGGCAAGAAGAGUGGAGGGCUGGCAAGUGAAGUAGCACUGAACGAAGCCAGGGGUUCAGAUGACACUGCUGCAUCCUGCUCACAUUCUCUGUCUCCUGGAAUGCUCCCACCUCAAGUGGAGUUAGAAGGAAGGUAGAGGGGCUCUCCCCCAGGAUUUUGGUGUUUUGACUAACACCAGUUCCUGCCAACCUCUGUUGCCACCACCUUUCCUUCCAGGCCCUAAGCACGUGCAGCAAAGCACACCGCAGCACCUUUGAUAACCUCUCUCCAUCCUGGGCCUGAUGACCUGCUCUAGACUGUUAUAGAGGGAUAAGCAGCUCAUUCCCCUGGUUCCUAAUAAAAAGCCUUUAAAUUAAA